GAACGGGGUCAAUAAUAUUUUCAGGAAAGGCUGUACACUUUGUCUUUAAUUACAGUAUGUGUUCUGUUAUGUAUCCACAAGUCUAUUGGCUGUGUCUAGCGGGGAGGUAAUUCACCUGCCUCAAAUGUUUAGUUUUGCCUCAAACAUACAGUACAUGACAACUUACCUUGAUACGGAUCUGAAAGGAACACCAUUUAUUGGGAAUUACUAUUAAGAAAAGGCAGGUCAGUUAACAUAUAAUUAUUUUGAAAUCUGAAGAAAAAUACAAUUCUAUGUUGUCUAUAACAUAGGAACAUCACCAUUGAACUGACAGGGAUGGUAGAAGGUUUACAGGGAAACUCUAGAGCGUAGUUCUUGAGCAGACUGAUACUUUCCUGCUGGUACAUUAGUGUGGUUUGCCUUUGGAAUCUCAACUGAAGCAAAGUGAAUGUAAAAAGAAGUCGAAAUCCACACAGUGAUUCAACACACUGGAAGAAUCUAGCUUGCAAGUAAAAGCAGUUGUCUGCCUGUAGCUAGCAAGAGAAAAUGACGCAAAAAAACAACCCCUGACAGACUGUGCUUUAGACGGCUGACAACAAACAUGCUCACGUGAGGAACAGGACACACACACACACACACAAACACACACGCAUGCAAUCCCCACAGUGGGUAAUGCUGAUUGAUGUGGAUGAGUGUCAGACGUCCACGACUAGGAGCCCAGCCCAGAGAGGAUCAGACCUCUACUCUUGACGCUCAGCACAGUCAAUGGGAUUUAGAGCAGCUCUCCGUCCCUUGCCUCCCUCCUCUCCCCCUCUCCUCACCCCUCCCUCCUCCCCCCCCCUCUCUCCAGUAAUCGCUCUGUUGUGGUGUUAACUCCAGCUUGCUGCUGGUGCCUCCUCCCCUCGCAGGAAACUCUCCCUCUCUCCCUUUCUUUCCCUCUCCGUCUCUCUCACUCUCUCGGCUGUACAUAAGUGUGGAUGGGAGGAUUGUGUUUCAGACAGAGUGAAGGAAUGCUGAGGUGCAGGACAGAUGGAGAGGGAUGCGCCCCCUCUGAGCCCUCCUGCCUGGUAUUGGCUGGUGUGACGGUCACCGUGCGAGAUCAACAGGAUGAUUGAAGGACGCCCUUGUUGACCCGUGAGCCCAGGAUGCCCGCGGUGCCAGCGGGCAGUGCCCCCAACCCCCACGCCCUCCCCGUGACCUGCGCCCUCACCUGCUUCUGGCUCCUCCUCCUCUUCCACACCGCCUUUGGCCAGAAGCCCGCCAAGCUCCCAUUGGUUGGCCGCAAGCCCUUCGUCGCCGCUUGGAACGCCCCGUUAGACAUGUGCACGACCAAGUACAACGUCACCGCCAACCUCGACCACCUCUUCCAGAUCAGCGGGAGCCCGCGGGCUGUCCGCACCGGCCAGAACGUCACCAUCUUCUACGCCAACCGGCUCGGCCACUACCCGUACUACACCGACCAAGGUCAGGCCGUCAACGGCGGGCUUCCUCAGAACUGCAGCCUGGACGCCCACCUCAUCAAGGCCUACCAGGACAUCAGCCACUUCAUCCCCUCCCAAAGCUUCCGGGGCCUGGCCGUCAUCGACUGGGAGCACUGGCGGCCGCAGUGGAACCGCAACUGGCACAAGAAGGCCGUCUACCGGCGGAAGUCCCGGGAGCUGACCGCCAGGGCGUACAUCAACGUGACGGCCUCGCAGGUCGAGGGGCUGGCGCGCGAGCGCUUCGAGAAGAGCGCCCGGGCGUUCAUGCUGCGCACCGUCCAGCUGGGGACGCGCCUACGCCCCGACGGCCUGUGGGGCUUCUACCUCUACCCCGACUGCCACAACUACAAUCUGCACGAGGACAACUACACGGGCUCCUGCCCCCUGCAGGAGAGCCGGCGCAACGACGAGCUGCUGUGGCUGUGGAACAGCAGCACGGCGCUGUUCCCCUCGGUGGCCAUCAGGAAGAGUCACACGGACAGCGUCAGCAACCUGCACUUCUCCCAGUACCGGGUGCUGGAGGCGAUCAGGAUCGCGUCGCUCACCUCGCUGGACUACGACCUGCCUACGUAUGUCUACCUGAGACUGGGUUACAGGGACGAGGCCAUGGCCUUCCUCACCACGAAAGACUUGAUCCACACCAUUGGGGAGAGUGCUGCUUUAGGUGCUGCUGGAUUUGUGAUCUGGGGAGACCUCAACCUCACCUCAUCCAGACACAACUGCACCAAGGUGAAAUCCUUCCUGAGCCAUCGUCUGGGCCAGUACAUCACCAACGUGACGCGCGCCGCAGAGCUCUGCAGCAACUUUCUGUGCCAGAGCAACGGGCGCUGCGUCAGGAGGGACCCCUACGCCCCCCACUACCUCCACCUGAGCGCCGACAGCUACCGCAUCCAGCCCUCCGGAGACGGCGACUUCCUGGUUACGGGUUGGCACUCGCAGCGCGAGCUGCAGCUAUUGGCCGAGAGGUUCCGCUGCCACUGCUACGAGGGCCACACCGGGGAGAGGUGUGACAGUCUGAACGAAGUGGUGGUGGAGGAAGGGGGGGCAGACCAGGAGGAGGAGGAGGAGGAGUGGAGAAAGGAGGAGGAGGAGGAGAACAAAUGGACGGAUGAAGAGGAAGGAAAUGAGAUCGGGGGAGAAGAGAAAGACAGAAAAAUGGAGAGCUCGGCUCCACAAACUGAUAAUGCGUACGGACUGAUGAUGUUACUGCUCAUGUUGAACUUCUCUAUUCUGGGAUUAGUGGUAUUAUGAUGAUGAUGAUGAUGAUGAUGGCACUUUAGGUAGCAUGCGGGGGGGUUGGUUUUGGAUGAGGAAGGAGAGAAGUCCCUCUCCUUGUUAUUACUGUCCCAUGAGGGCCCUACAUUGAACUAUGAAGCUUGAUAACGGUGCUUGGCACACAUAUGACAUACACGCCAAAUGGUUGUGUCAACACCAACGUUGUAUACUGUACUAUGAAUGCAUUCUGCAUUUCUGAUGAAUGUGGCGAUUAGUUCCUUUCGGGGUUCUCAUGCUUGAGAAACACUUGAAUACCACGUCUUGUAGCUUACUUUAUACAUCCACUUGUCUGACAUAACUGACACUAUAACUGAUGUACGACCAUAUAGAAACUGUUGACACGAUGACGAACAGGAUGACAUUUUGGCUUUUAGGUGAGAAUCGACCCCUUAAACCAGAACCAGCAUCUGCAACAUAGCCAAUAUACCAUAAUCAACCAGAAUGCUGUCUCUAGACUACUGGAUUGAGGGGAUGCAUCAGACUCCAACAGGCACAGCCUACUCCAAGGUCUAUGCAAGCCACUCGUGUAGAACAAAGUACUUGCCCAGCCAGUAUGACACUGUACUCUCCAUUUAACAACCACAAACAACCACAUAGACUAACAAUGAACAAUAAGAUGAAAGAUGUAUUUAAAUCGUCCGGUCGGUGAGAAACUUCCUCUGGGUGGGACCUUUAGGAACGCUGUCACAGCCUAGUGGUUUGUUUUUCAAGAAACUUGCAGAGAGGAGGACAAGUAGGGGUGACGAGUCAUUCUGUCACAGACAGGAGUUUGUUCAUCAGGCCUUUAGUCAGAAUGGCCUGAUUUGACUUAGGGUGUUUCCUUCACCCCAUUAAAAUAGUAACUUUAUCUAUCGAUUGUAAAAGUACUAUCACUUUGAUAGCACUUUAAGCACUGACAAAGAAGUGGUAUACCACCCUCCAGUCUACCCUUAAUUCUAUGCAGUAAACAAUUUUAGCAAUAUGUCUGUUUUUAUAAGAUGUUUACAAAACGGUGUACUCUUAUGCUAUGUAUAAACUAUAACUUUAAAACAUAUGACUAGUUUAUGAGCCAAUGGACCAAUGUGAACAUAGUAUAACGUAGAGCCAUUUGCUCCUUUCUCACAACCUUCAGCAACCUAUUCCAACCCACCUGAUUCAAACAAAUGGUGUCGUCAGGCAUCUGCUCAGCUUGGUAACGACCCAUUCAUUGGAACCAGGUGCAUUGGAAAAAGGAAACAUCUCAAACAUGCAGGGUAGGAGGGUCCCAAGCACCAGGGUUGAGAAAGGCUGUUUAAAAAAGGUGUGAUUGGUUGAUGAAAAACAAUUGAGAGCCAGUAAGGUGUGGACAUUCAGUGGAAAUGAAAUGAGCUGCAUGACUAUAUGAGACUGACAGCGCUGUGAUCGUUUGUGUGAUCACCUUGCUGAUGGAAGGCUGCAAUGGACCCUGUCAAUUCUGCACCAGUGUUGCAUUUUUCAGGUGCCAAAUUUACCUUAGGGCUGUGAUCUCUUUCAUUUCAGCCAUCAUAUUGUAAUUGUGUUUGAUGGGAGACGUGAGCGUAUCUCGAAUGAGAUUGACGCACAAUCCAAUGUGUAGCGUUUCAUUAGCUGACUUGUCAUUCAGCGUUUGGAGAAGAUUGCAAAUAGGGGAACUACCUCUGUCGUUUGGCAAUUUUCUCCUCUCCUUCAGACACUCUCUACAAACUCUCUUAAAGGCGAAGAUGCUUUGUGAAGAACUUAAAUCUUUACCAGGAUCACGUCUUUACUUUAAGGGGAAAUUAUUAGGAAACUAAAUUCUUCAUAGAAUAUUGAAAACUGAAUUUGUGAGUAAUUCGAUGAAUUCUUGAAAGUUUCGAUUAAUGGUGACUUAUUGGUCAAGGAAGCUUUAAAUAUAACCCCAUCUGAUCUCGUGCUGAUUUCACUGUGCCUCACUCAAUUCCCUGAAGUUGUUCUAUACACAUAUAUAUAUAUAUAUGUUGACGUGGCAAUUUUGUAGCAGAACCUUCUAUCAAAGCCAAAGUGUAUCUUCAAGCCAGGUAACCUUUCAAAAUAUUUUUGCAUUUAAGACCAUUAGGUUUCAGGGAGAGUAUGUGAGCAUAAUUUAGGGCCAUUUAAAGUUGGCAAAUGACAAUUUUGCGUCAUUGCAAGAUAAGAAAAUAAAUAUUGACUGCACACCAAAGACAUGCAAGAUAACAUAUCGGAAAAACUUAUUGGACAUAGUGUGUUGAGUUUAAUCUUAUAUUUUAUUUUCCUACACAUCUGUACCAUGACCUAUACUGACUGGGGAGAUUGUAAUAAGAACGGUUUUAUUUGGUUUUGUACUUAUGCAAGUGUGGAGCUGACAUUCAUAACCAAUAUACAAAUAUGACACUUGAACACUGUCUACCAAGGACAUAUCCUGGUUCAUAUGUCUUCAAUAAUGUGUUCCAUUUCAUCUCACUUCUGAUUAGGCAGGUACUGGAACGUUUAAGAUGGCAAUAGUUUUGUCAAGAUUGGGCACUUAUGUUUAAGUGUAUCAAAAUUGUAAACCAAAUACACAAUUCCAAUUCAGCAUGUGAAAAGUGUUGCCUGGAUGUAGUAUGCACUGCUAAUAAAGGUUGGAAUCAUUUUCAGUGCCGCAGGGUUACAUUAAUUUUUACAUUUCUCAAAGCAAUUAAGGUCAAAUGUGUAUUCAAAGUAGCUGUAGGUUUUAAGCGUUGCCUAUAUUUGUACUACACACACACACAGUCACACAAGCAAAAAAUACUGAUAGAGCCUCAGGUGUUAAGAAGGGCAUUAGUUUUUCAGGGUACAGAAAAUAGAUAAGUAGACAACCUGUCACCUGAGUGCAGUACCUGCUGUACUGUUGCACAUAGUGACAGCACAAUGAAAGACCUAACUGUUCUCUCACCAAACUUUGUUUUACAGUUUCUCAGUCGUUUUGGUAAAUUUCUGGAAUCAUCCUUAACAUUUGCAAAACAGUAAGUGCAUUUUCUCAAAACAAUUAAAGUCUGUAAAGAUAGCUCAAAAUCCUUCUUUGUCUCUCAGUAAGUUCUUUUUUUAAUCACAAACAAGGUAGUAGUCAAAAUGCUUUGCCAUGUUGUCAGUAUUCUGUAAGUUGUUUUUGAUCAACUAUGGCCAAAGUUUGGAUAAUGAUGACUGAAAAUGCCCAGGGAUGCACUUUUUCUACGUGGCAUAUAAAAAAAUGUUAUAGAGCAAAGUUACACAUUGUUGUAUGUGGGAGCUUGAUUGCAAGAGAUUAUACAUGAUUCACGCUUGGGGCAUGCUUUACUGCUUGUGCUGUAGUUUGUUCACAGACCAUGUUACAAUUUUACAGCACUGCAUAGUACAAAGGAAACAAUUAAAAUGUUCUACCAAAAAAUUGGUAGAAAUGUUAGGAAGCACCCAUGCAACAUUGUACUGAAAGGGAAAUUACAAUUAUGAUAACUGGUUCAACCAUUUUGCAUGUAAUGAUGUAUGCACUGGAAUAUUGGACUAAUGCCUAGAUGAUUUUUUGGGGGUAAGACAUGAGACAUUGAUAAUGUAGAAAAAAGACCAUUGUGCAUAAUCAUUUGCAUGAAUGUACCAAAACUAUUGCAAUUUCUUCAAAACAAUCAGUAAUUGCUUUUGUGACGUGCACAAGUAAUUAGAUGUGGAUGGUGAAGAAGUCGUUUUGAGAAUUUCAAUGGCAAUCUGAGAAAGUGACUGAAAUAAACUGUAAAUGCUA